AUGGCAACAAUUGUAGCAGAAAUAUCCUCCUAUGGAGAAUUGCUGCAGAGUAGCCAUUGCAAUUUGCCAAAUGAUUUGGAUGAAGCUGAUUAUAAGGAGGUUUCUGAGAAUCUGAGAGAAAAUUCUGGUCUUCAGUAUUUUACAUCUUUUAAGAAUCUAUGCCAAAGAAAAGCCGCUGAUGAGGUUACUGGUCAGGCUGAUGAUUUAUGA